AUGUCGAUUGGUAAGCACGCAGUCGAGCAAGCUUUGUGUGAUCCUGGGGCGAGCAUCAAUUUGAUGCCGCUAUCUGUGUUCAAAAAGUUCGGGUUGGGUGAUCCGUACCCAACCAUGGUGAUUUUACAGUUGGCUGAUCGCUCCCUCGCUCAUCCUGAAGGUGUAAUUGAAGAUGUGUUAGCUCAAGUGGGUUCUUUUAUAUUCCCUGCUGAUUUUAUUAUUUUGGACUAUGAACCUGAUCAAGAAGUCUUAUUUAUUUUACGGCGUCCAUUCUUAGCCACAGACCAAGCUAUUAUUGAUGUAUACGAAGAAAAGAUGACGAUGAGAGUGGAUGAUCGACUGGAGGUAUUCAGUAUGUAUAAAACACUUAGAUUGCCAACCCACUAUGAAGGGCUAUCCAUGAUUUCUGUGGUGAAAAGUGAUGUGAUGUCAUUGGUGCCUUAUAUGAGCCCUGUAGAUCCUCUUGAACGAGCCUUGAUUGGGGAUGAAAAAGACAAUGAAGAUGAGUUGAUGGAAGAAAUUGAGCAAGCACUUAACAUGUCUUGCAGUUAUGUCCAUGGGUUUGGGAGAUUUGAGAAGUUGGACAUGCCUAUUACUCUAACCCCUCCUAAGCCAUCUAUAAAAGAAGCUCCUAAUCUAGAGAUUAAGCCCCGUACAACGCAUCUGUGCUAUGCCUAUUUAGGGAACUCUAAGAUAUUGCCAACGAUUAUCUCAUCCAGCUUGACCGAGGUGCAAGAAGAAAAAUUUCUCUUAGUGAUUCGUGAGCAUAAAAAGACUAUUGGGUGGACAAUUGCUAAAUAA